AUGAUGCUCGCAACGGCGUUUCAGAGGCGUCUCUCGGGCAGGGUGGCUGCUGCUGCUGCAUGCGGCAGCAGCAGCAGCGGCGCCUCUAUGCGGGUUGCCUGUUUGUCUACUCUCUCCACCCCAGCACAGAGCAUUUCAAAGAUAGGAGGCUACGAGGUGAACACACACACGUAUGACGCGGUCGUUGUAGGGGCUGGAGGCGCUGGCCUUCGAGCGGCAUUUGGCCUUGCUUCUCAAGGCUUGCGAACGGCAUGCAUCAGCAAACUGUUCCCCACACGUUCGCACACCGUCGCUGCUCAGGGAGGCAUCAACGCAGCCCUCGGGAAUAUGUGCGAGGAUGACUGGAGAUGGCAUGCGUUCGACACAGUCAAGGGCUCAGACUGGCUUGGUGACCAGGAUGCCAUUCAACACAUGUGUCGAGAGGCCCCCCGUGUGGUGCGCGAGUUGGAGUCGUAUGGCUUGCCUUUCUCAAGAACUAAGGAUGGCAAGAUUUACCAGGCACGGCAUCGGAAAGCCUUCGGCGGGCAGUCCUUGAAGUUUGGGAAGGGUGGACAAGCCUACAGAUGCGCCGCUGCUGCGGACAGAACUGGCCAUGCAAUGCUGCAUACUCUGUACGGGCGGGCUUUGUCGUACUCGUGCAACUUCUUCAUAGAAUACUUCGCGCUAGAUUUGAUCAUGGAGCCGUCGCAAAUCCCUGGGGGCCCUCCACGUUGCGUCGGAGUCGUGGCGAUGUGUAUUGAGGACGGCUCCAUUCACAGAUUCGCAACAAACCACACCGUCCUGGCCACUGGCGGCUACGGCCGAGCAUACCAGAGCUGCACUUCAGCGCACACCUGCACGGGAGACGGAGGCGCGAUGGCUGCCCGUGCAGGACUGGCUUUGCAGGAUUUGGAGUUCGUGCAGUUUCAUCCUACUGGAAUUUUCCCGGCUGGCUGCCUGAUGACGGAGGGAUGCAGAGGAGAAGGCGGCAUCCUCCGCAACAGCGAGGGAGAAGCCUUCAUGGCUCGGUAUGCUCCAACUGCCAAGGAUUUGGCGAGCCGCGACGUGGUGUCUCGUUCGAUGACGAUCGAAAUCCGGGAAGGGAGAGGCUGCGGUCCAAAGAAGGACCACUGCCACCUAGAUCUUACUCACCUCGACCCGGAAACACUGCAUGCGAGACUUCCUGGCAUUACCGAAACUGCCAAGAUCUUUGCCGGGGUCGAUGUGACAAAACAGCCCAUUCCCGUGUUGCCGACUGUCCACUACAACAUGGGAGGAAUACCGACAAACUGGCGCUCUGAGGUGCUGCACUGCGUAAAAGGAUCCGGCAGAAUGGCUUCCGAAAGCGUGUUGGAGGGUUUGUACGCUGCUGGAGAAGCAGCUUGCGCUUCCGUCCACGGGGCAAACCGCUUAGGCGCAAAUUCCCUGCUAGAUCUUGUUGUUUUUGGGAGGCAAGCCGCGGAGGUCAUUGCUGACAAGGUUAAGAAAAGCAACCCAAAGCCCGCUCUCCGUGCGGAUGCUGGGGAGGAAACUCUAGCACGCAUCGACAAGCUCAAGGAGAAUCGCGGCUCUAUCACGCCCGCUCAUCUUCGAGACAUGAUGCAGAAGACGAUGCAGGACCACGCCGCAGUCUUUCGCACCGGCCCUGUGUUGGCGGAGGGUGCUCAGAAGAUUAAGGAAAUCGCCGCUCAAUUCGGUGACAUCCGUAUUGUGGACAAGUCGAGGGCCUGGAACACGGAUCUGAUGGAAGCACUUGAAUUGGAAAACCUCCUUACGCAGGCUGUCCAGACGGUUGUGAGUGCGGGAGCCCGCCAGGAGAGCCGCGGAGCGCAUGCUCGAGAGGACUUCAAGGAACGAGACGACAAAGAAUGGAUGGUGCACACUCUUUCCUAUCAGAGAGGCAGAGAUAUAGAGAAUGCUAAGUUCGAACUGGCCUAUCGGCCCGUAAAGGCGCAGCCCCUCGACAAAGAGAUGGAGGCAGUGCCCCCCAUGAAGCGAGUCUACUAG